CCGCCGCCGCCGCCGCCGCCGCCCUCGCCCUCCUCCUCCUCGCGCCUGCGCAGACGCGCGAGGCCUGGCCGGGUCAGUCACGCCGUGGCGGCGUCGCCGCCCUGUUGCUCGGCUGAGGGAGCAGACAGGACGAUGUGCAGCUUCGAGAGCAGGUUGUGUCAUUGCUGAAACACAAAGACUGAAACAUGUCUUAUCGAGGGAAUGAGCGUGAUUUUCAAACCUCGGCACGGAGGAUGGGGACCUCUCUGCUUUUUCAGCUGUCGGUCCACGAGCGGGAACUAGACUUGGUCUUUCUGGACCACAGCUAUGCCAAGCCGUGGAGUGCCCACCCUGAUGCCAGUAAUGCUCGUCCCACACGCCUGCUGUUUGUCACUCCCAAGCGACAUCAGGAUAAUAGCGCUGCGGAGGCCGAUGUUCCUAUCGAUGUAGAAACAGUGACACCAACACCUGUGCCCCUCUAUGACAACCAGAAGGCCCGAACUGUGAUGAAUGAGUGUGAACGCCAUGUGAUUUUUGCCCGUACAGACACUGAUACACCACCUCCACCUGAGGACUGGGAGGAGCAUAUGAACAGAUCUGGCUGGACAAUGGCCCAAAACAAGCUGUUUAAUAAGAUCCUCAAAGCCUUGCAGUCUGACCGACUGGCCCGAUUAGCUAACGAAGGGGCUUGCAAUGAGCCAGUGCUUCGAAGAAUAGCGGUGGACAAAUGUGCUCGGCGGGUCCGACAGGCUUUGGCAAGCAUCAGUUGGGACGCCAAGCUGAUCCAGUGGCUUCACUCCACUCUGGUAGAAACACUCAGUCUGCCAAUGCUGGCUGCGUACCUGGAUGCCCUGCAGACCCUCAAGGGAAAGAUUCCCUCCCUGAUUGACCGGAUGCUGUUAUCUUCAACUGCCAAGACGGGGGCAGCCGGUGCCGAGGCCUUGUCCCUCUUGCUGAAGAGGCCCUGGGAUCCAGCGAUCGGCGUUCUUUCCCAUAACAAACCAAGCAAGUUACCCGGUUCUCCCCUCAUCCUCCUGGCAUCAUCGGGACCCUCCAAUUCCAUGUUCCCCACUUCUCGGCGGCAUCGAUUCUGGCAGUCACAACUCUCGUGUCUGGGAAAGGUGAUCCCAGUCGCUACCCAUUUAAUGAACAACGGCAGUGGAGUUGGGGUGUUGCAGUGCCUAGAACAUAUGAUUGGCGCCUUGAGAGGCAAAGUGAUGGAGAUCCACAACCAUUUCUCUCACAAGCCAGUCAUCCUGAUUGGAUGGAACACGGGAGCCCUGCUAGCCUGCCACGUUUCCGUGAUGGAAGAUGUCGCAGCAGUUGUGUGUCUUGGAUUCCCUCUCUUAACAAUAGAUGGACCCAGAGGGGAUGUCGAUGACCCUCUUCUGGAUAUGAAGGCACCAGUUCUCUUUGUGAUCGGCCAGAAUGCUCUCCAGUGCAACACGGAAGCCAUAGAAGAUUUCCGAGAGAAGCUUCGAGCUGAAAACAGCCUGGUGGUGGUGGGAGGGGCUGAUGACAACCUCAGGAUAAGCAAAGCCAAAAAGAAGUCAGAAGGCUUGACUCAAAGCAUGGUGGACAGGUGCAUCCAGGAUGAGAUUGCUGACUUUCUGACGGGAGUGCUUACUCGAGCCGACAGCCACACGGGCCCUGAUCCUCGGGAUCUGGACAAGAAGAGAACCGCCCGGGAGGCAGCCAGGAGGGAUCUGUCUUUCGACCUGCCAGAUAGAAACAGCCGGCCGGCCUCUCCAGCAACCAAAAUUCCGGCUUCACCUUCUGGGUCAGAGGAGUUCUCCAGUGUCUCCAGCAGCCCUGCCUCCAGCCCCAAGGCUAAAAUGGCCGUGUCUUCUCUUCAAAAGUCCAGCCAGGUUGGUGCCAGCCAGUUGCUGAAAAGGUCUGUGCAGCGAAUGGAAGGAGCUGUGAUGUACAAGCAGGCCCAAGAGCUGUCCCCGGAUGCAGGGGAGAAAGAAGAGCUUCGGAAGCAACUAAAGAGACAUCAGGCCUCCAGCCCCACCCAUGGCAGCAAAUCUUCCAAGCGAGCCAAAAUUAAGGUGACCAUCGUCUCUCAUGGGGAAGCUGCUGGCUCCGGAAACGGCACAUCCUUGGAUGGACCGCCAGAAAUAGCUGCAGGGAAGUCUGUUGCUGUGACUUUGGGGCAGACGAUGGCCGGUGCAAAGGAAAUGACAGGAUUGCUUGCCACUUCGAUGCCAAGUCCUGCAACAGACAGCCCCUCCUCUAUCAGUCCCACACCCUCAGUUACAAUCCCCAGCAACACGGCUCCUAGUGCUUUCCAUGCUCUGCAGAACAGACUUGUGACCAGUGGCAGCCCUUGCUUGCAGGCUCAAGCUGCCGGUGCGCUCCCAGGGGCAGCUUCAGCCAGCAGCCUUCUACAAGGUUUGAGCUUCAGUCUGCAGGACAUCAACACGAAGCCCGCUGCUCUUCCAGCCGGUGUUGCCGCUGCUGGGUCCUUGGCACAGAACUCGGCCUUGAAGACUCCAGCGCCCCUCCAGAGCCUGAGUGCCAUCACGACCAGCGGAAGCACGAUCGUUCGAACGAUCCCAGUCGCCACCUCUUUAUCUUCUCUCGGAGCCUCGGCUAGCGGGAAGCCCACCACCAUCCAUCAGCUGCUUACCAAUGGGGGGCUGGCCAAACUCGCAAGCAGCCUCCCUGGUUUGGCUCACAUCUCUGGUCAGGGGACAGGCUUAAAGGUCCCAACCACCAUCACAGUGACCCUCCGGGGACAGGCCAGUCGAGCCGCCACACUCGGCCAGACCACGGUGGCAGCUGCCCAGAGCCAGUUGGAGGAGCAGACGCAGCUGCUGCUGCCCCCACCGCAGCUGCCCCCGGUUGCAGAUAACGCAGCUGCGAAUGUGGCCUGCCCAACUUCCGGCCCCAUUCCUCCCAGUAAACGGUUGCCACAACUGGACCUUGGCAAAGCCCAGAGCGCUGAGAGACUCCCUGCUGACCCCCCAUCUCACCCAUCCUCAACGGUCUCGCUGUCCGUAGUAACUACCACCAGCCCCAUGAAGACCCUCUAUGUGAUGUCAGAUGCUAAACUGUCGGCACUCACAAAAUCUGUCAUGGCAGAAGCUGCGUCUGUCCCCCUGAAAGCCACAGCUGUCCAAACAACCGCUGCUGCUUCCUCUACUACGGCUUCCUCCCCUCCUGGGGCUGUGACCUUUGCCACCUCAACGACAAGCAGCACACCUGGCGGUUUGGGGCAUUCUAAAGUGGGGCCUGUUUUGCAGUCGGCUUCCAAGACAGUGAUACUCACCUCUACGCUGACGGCUUUGAAGGCUGAUCGGAGCCUGGGACAGAGAGGGGAGAUGACCCUGCCCAAAGGGCAUGAACUCGGGACCAUGGAAACUCUGGGCAGGGUACCAUCUGUCAUGGAUGACAGCAGCACCAUCAUCCACACCCGGGAGAGCCUCACAAACAGACAUUUGCUUCCACAGGGUAUGCUGCCUUCCGCAGCCGGCACCACGCUUAUUACUUUAAGCAGCAACCUAGCCGGCUCCUCCAUCAUCCCCACAGCUGGGGCUGCCCUGAGUCAGAAACCAGGACCUCCCACCAUUUGACGUCUUCUUUGGCUUUAGCACGGGAAGUAAAAUUUGAGGCACCGCUUAGCAUUCCUGGCUUCCUUGACAAGAGGACACAUUAUUUGGUUCCUUUGACCCUUUUAAUAAACUUUUUGUGUAUGUAGCACCUUUUAA